AAGGGGAGGGUAGCAGGAAGAACUGAGAACUGAGGCUGAGUGCUCAGAGCAGGGCUGGUGCUCGCUGCAGGCUCCGGUGCUUAGUGGAGCCUCAGCCGCCACACUCGGAGCCCAGCGAUGGCCUGGGGGCGGGGCUCAGGCCUCGUUGCUUCCCAGAGGUAGCAGGAUCCCUGUCCUGGGAGGUGUCAGCUCUGACCCAGCCUCCCCAGACACGACUCCGGAGCCUCAUCUCUCUCCGCGCCCUGCUUGGACUGUGCCACAGAGGGCUGCACAGCCCCUUUGGACUUUGGAGAAACCUGGACCAGACCCUGGCCCAGUAGGAUGCCCCCGUGUCCUCCUCAGCAGAGCAGGAACAGGGUGACUCAGCUGCCCACGCCGGAUCUGGGUGAGAUGGAACUGACUUGGCAAGAGAUCAUGUCCAUCACUGAGCUGCAGGGUCUAAAUGCUCCAAGUGAGCCAUCAUUUGAGACUCAAGCCUCAGCUCCAUACUCUGGACCUCCACCACCUCUCUCCUACUGUCCCUGCACUGUCCACCCAGACACGGGCUUCUCCCUUCCUCCACCGCCUUAUGAGCUCCCAGCAUCUAUGUCCCAUGUCCCGGAUCCCCCGUACUCCUACAGCAACAUGGCCAUGCCAGUCUCCAAGCCACUGACCCUCUCAGGCCUGCUCAAUGAGCCCCUCCCAGACCCCUUAGCUCUUCUGGACAUUGGGCUGCCAGCGGGGCCACCCAAGACCCAGGAGGACCCCGAAUCUGAUUCAGGAUUAUCCCUCAACUACAGUGAUGCGGAAUCUCUAGAGCUGGAGGGGACAGAGGCUGGGCGGCGUCGGAGCGAGUACGUAGAGAUGUACCCAGUGGAGUACCCUUACUCACUUCUGCCCAACUCCUUGGCCCACCCCAACUAUGCCUUGCCAUCUGCUGAGCCCCCUCUGGCCUUAGAGCCUUCCCCAGGCCCUGUGCGAGCUAAGCCUACUGCACGGGGGGAGGCGGGGAGUCGGGAUGAGCGUCGGGCUCUGGCCAUGAAGAUCCCCUUCCCAACAGACAAGAUCGUUAACUUGCCUGUAGAUGACUUUAAUGAGCUUUUGGCACGCUACCCUCUGACGGAAAGCCAGCUGGCACUAGUUCGGGAUAUACGACGGAGGGGCAAGAACAAGGUGGCUGCCCAGAACUGUCGCAAGAGAAAGCUGGAAACCAUUGUACAAUUGGAGCGGGAGCUGGAACGGCUGGGCAACGAAAGGGAGCGGCUUCUCAGGGCCCGAGGGGAAGCUGACCGCACCCUGGAGGUCAUGCGCCAACAACUGGCAGAGCUCUACCGUGACAUUUUCCAGCACCUUCGGGAUGAAGCAGGCAACAGCUACUCCCCUGAAGAGUACGCACUGCAACAGGCUGCAGAUGGGGCCAUCUUCCUGGUGCCCCGGGGGGUCAAGGUGGAGGCCACAGACUGAGCACCCCAAGUGGUGGGAGAUAUGAGAGGGAUUUCCCGUAUUUCCUUAGGAUAAAGGUACUCCCCAGCCUCCAGACUAAAAGGUGCUAAAUUCUGUAGACCAAGCAGACAACAAGGGGAACCCCAGCAUCUGGAAGUUCUGAGGUGUGCUCAGUGAGGCUAGGGGAGGGACUUAGCUUCCCAGCCUGACCUUUUUCCUCUUGUCUAGGCUUUGGUCCAUAAAGAGUUCUACAGAAAUAGGUUUUUACUGUGUCUUCCUCCUACCCCUCCCUUGUUUUAGCCUUUUUUGAGACAGGGGUUUGCUACACAGUUCAGGCUGGCCUUGAGCUCACUAUGUAGCCCAGGUUGGCCUGGAACAUGCAGUGAUUCCUCUGCCUCAGCCACUGGGAUUACAGGUGUGUGCUGGGAUUACAGGUGUGUGCUGCCACCAAAGUAAAAAUACACUCAGCCCACACUGCAGGCUGUCCUCGUGGGAUUCCUUAUAUUAAUGAAGUGCUGUCAGACUUGUCUAAAUCUUCACUUGGUUUUUUUUUGUUGGUUUGGUUUUUAAAGACAAGGUCUCACUGCACAGCCCAUGGACCUGAAUUUGUAGUGAUCCUAACUGCCUUUGCCUUGGCCUCCCCAGUGCUGGGAUCAUAGACAUGCACCACCACAUCCGGCCUUGAAUUCUCACUAUAUAAAGCAGGCAAGUGGAUUGGAAUUAGGAGAACUCACAAAAAUAAAUAACUGAUAACUACCCUGAUAACCUUUUAAGAGGCAAAACUAGACACUCAGAUUUGGCAUUCUAGGCUCAUCCAAGUUCCAAGAAAAUUCUGGGCACCUGACUAAAAUAUUGGAACAAUAAGGCCAGAAAUAAGGCUUCUCCUUAGCAACAUUUUUUUGAAACUAUUACUUCCCUUUUUGAAAAAAGAAAUGAAGAUUCCACACAGUAUACCACCACUCCUGACAUUUCUUCUACCUUGAGGGAGAUAGAUGCUAAAACUGAACAUUCCUCAGAGAUCAGUGCUAGUUGGGGGAAUUGAGGGUCUUGGACUUCCUAGAUAGUCCAGGCUGACCUCAAACUUGCAAUUCUCCUGCCUCAGUGGCUCCUUACUCCUAAAGCUGGGGGAGCUCUCAAGGCUGACUAAAUCCUCAGUGCAAGAUCCCUGAUGUUAGGUCUCUUCUUUCUCAAAUCUUGGAACAGCAACUAAACAACCACCUAGAAUGUCCACUGGCCUAUGUUUCUGUUCUCUUCCUCUUUAUUCAGCCUAGAUCCUGAUAUGCUAGGGCUCUCUCAGAAGAUGGGGCUACUCUCCAAUGGAAGGAGAGUUUGAUUAGAGCAUAUCACUUGAGCCUUUGGUAAAACCUGCUGUAUGGUGGAAUAAAAUCUGCAUUCCUGUGAA